CCAUAUGGCACUUCUUUUAGUGCACCUGUCCACCAUGUGAAAUCACUAGGUAUUCAAGUAGGUAAGAGAUGUGCAGCGUGUCGAUUCCGCUGAUGAAGAUUAGUCACUAGGAAGAUGCCCCUCCGGCUUACAGAUUACCACAUGGCCACACCGAGAACUCACCCUGCCCAGUCAUGUCCUUAGGCAUUCCAAGAAAGCUCCCCUCCACAACCUAGCAUGUGAAGCACUUGUAGGAAAUCGCUCAGAUCUGCUAAUGGCGGACCCAUUGACUGCUGCUGUCGCAGUAGGAUGGGGCAUGAAAGCCGCAGGGUGGGUUGCCUCGCCCAUCAUCUCUGAUCUGUUCAAGAAAGCAUCCUCAUAUCUUGGCUUUGAUGCAUCGGAGAAGCUGAGUGAGCUUGAGCCAAAGAUUUUAUUGCUGGAGCGGGUGAUGGGAGCGGUUGAGGAGAGUCCUUACAGGCCUCGAUUGGAGGGGCUCUACAGUAAACUUAAAUCUGCGUUCUACGAAGCAGAGGAAAUCUUGGAUGAUGUUGAGUACUACCGUCUGGAGAAGAAGAUACAAGAUGGCAAGGUCAAGUCAGAGGUUGCCGGGCCUUCACGUCCCUUGAAGCAGAUCUGGUCUGUCGUGGUGAAGAGCUCUCCACUAAAACAUCAGGAGAGUGGUAUGUCAACAGUUGAGUUAAAAAAGAAGCUAGAAAGAAUAGAAAAGGUCAUAAAUGAUGCGUGCAAAGUUUUAAAACUGAUGAACUUGCCAAGCAUAAGUGGUGGAAACCAGAGCCAUGUUGUUGCUGCCAACUUGCGAGGCAGUGUCACUACUUCGAGGCCUGUAUCAAAGAUUAUCGGACGAGAUGAAGACUGUGAUAAGAUCGUAGCAAUGCUUCAUGAGAAGGAAGAACAUGGUCAGCCUGACAGCAAUAGUGUUCCAUGUUAUUCUGUAGUUGGCAUUCAUGGCAUCGGCGGCUCAGGGAAAUCAUCCCUUGCACAACUUGUGUGUGCCCGUGAGAAGAAGGAUAGCCAUUUUGACCUUGUAAUGUGGGUUCAUGUUUCUCAGGAUUUUAGUGUGCGUACCAUUUUCAUGGAAAUGUUUGAGGCUGCUACAGGUACUUUGUGCCCUCAAUUGGAAAAUCUUGACACCUUACAAGAUAAGUUGGAGGAGAAACUGCGUGGAAGACGUUUCCUCUUGGUACUAGAUGAUGUUUGGUACAAUAUUAGAGAUGCAACACAGUCUGAAAAUCUGCAACAGAUACUCUCGCCUCUCAAGGCUGGAGAGGCAGGAAGCAAGAUCCUAGUGACUAGUCGAACUGAAGAUGCAUUAUUAGCUCUGGGUGCCGUGAAGCAGAGAUGUAUUCCCAUAUCUGUCCUAGAUGAAGAUGUCUUCUGGAAAUUGCUCAUGCAUUAUGCACUCCACGGCGUACCUGCUGAUGAUCAUGCUCGUAGAACACUGGGAGACAUUGGGAAAGAUAUUGCAAAAAACCUGAAGGGGUCACCUCUAGCAGCCAGAAUAGUUGGAGGACAACUGCAUAUAAGGCCAAACGUCGAGUUCUGGAGAAGCGUUCGUGAUCGGGACCUUUUGAACGAGACGAUGGGAGCACUGUGGUGGAGCUACCAUCAUCUUCGUGAGCAGGUCAAGCGAUGCUUUGCUUUCUGCAGUAUUUUUCCUCGAAGACAUUUGUUGGAACGUCACGAGUUAGUAAAGCUAUGGGUUGCAGAAGGGUUUGCUAGAUUGACUAGUGAAGGGGAGGAUAUGGAAGAUGUUUGCCAGGAAUACUUUGAUGAACUAGUGUCAGCCUCGUUUCUGCAACUUAAAGCAAAGAAGAAUUCUCACGAGAAGGACUACUAUUUAGUUCAUGAUCUGUUGCAUGAUUUAGCGGAGAAGGCCGCUGGAAGUGACUGUUUCAGAAUCGAAAAUAGUUGGGAACAGCAUGGAAAAUUCCCAGCAGUGGAAGUUCAUCCAAACGUUCGCCAUAUUUUUGUUCAGAGAUAUGAUGAAGAAUUGAUUACUAAGAAGAUAUGCCAAUUGUACAACUUACGGACCCUGAUCAUUGGUAGUGGAUAUAGUUGGGAAACAGUUGGGGAGCAAGUUCUGAAGUGUAUGUUUAAGAGGCUAAGGAAGUUGCGUGUGCUUACCAUAAUUGCCAAAGAUUUUAUAGGUUCUGACGUCUCCCCAACUGUGCCAGUCCCAGCAUGUAUUGGUCGAUUAAGGCACCUGAGAUAUCUUGCUUUUCGGCCUUGUCAUGAGGCUAGAGGUCGGAGGAUGAUUUUACCGGCAACUUUUGCAAAGCUAUGCCACAUGCAGAUUCUAGAUUUUGAUUCGAUUAAGAAAGUGGUGUUUUCCUCUUGUGAAGAUAUUUCUAGCCUCGUUAACUUGCGGCAUGUAAUCUGCUUCGAAGAUGUGGAUCUUGGAAGCAUCGGCAGUCUGACGUCACUCCGAACAAUGGCAGCCUUUGAUGUAAAAAGGGGACAAGGCCAUGAGUUAAAGCAACUCGGGAACCUAAACAAGCUUCGCGGACAGCUGUUGAUCGGGGGCCUGGAAAAGGUUGAAAGCAAGGCGGAAGCUCUGGAGGCCAAUCUGGCCAGUAAGGAAGGGCUCAGUACACUGGAACUGUCCUGGGCUUGGAGUGGUGAAGCGGGUCUAGAAGUUCAGGCAGAGGUACUAGAGGGUCUUUGCCCACCCAAAGAUCUUAAAUCACUGAUUAUCGAAAAUUACAAAGGCCCGAGGUAUCCAAGUUGGAUGCACAACGGUGGCCCAAAGCACGUGAACCGUCUCGUGCUUUCACACUGCACCGAACCUGGUCCUGAACUUGUUGGGUUUUGCGCUCAUCUCCGUCAGAUCAUGAUUUCGUGCUGCAGCUGGGACGCCUUGCCAGAUUACAUGGAGCACCUGACGUCACUGCACACGCUGCACAUCUCGCACUGCCGAAAUAUUCGGUCGCUUCCAGCACUGCCGCAGUCUCUUGAGCACAUACACCUGUAUGAGUGCGAUGAGUUGUCAAUGAGUUCCUGUCGCAUAGAGCACCUGACGUCACUGCAGAUGCUGACGAUUUCUUCUUGCGAUGGUACUCUGUCGCUUCCAACACUGCCGCAGUCUAUUAAGAACUUCAACCUCCUUACCGACAAUGAGGUGUUGCUGAGUUCGUGCAGAACAGCUGGAGAUCCAGAUUGGCAAAAGAUUAAGCACAUUCCGUACGCAUCAAUAGGCAAUAGUAUGGAAAUAGAAGAAACCGCAAUGAAAAUGGGAGUUGUACAAGACCAGAAGGAAGCGAAGAAGAUAUUUUAUCGUCAAUUUUUGAGUGACGUCGUACUGCGUCUAAGUCGUGACUCGUGACCAUUGAACCUGCCUGAGUGAAGUGCUGCUCCACUCAUCAGCUACACACGGUGCAAAACUUGAUGUAUGCCAAUAGACUAUAGACUAGUAUGGUCUUUAAUAACUUGAGCACCGA